AUGCCUCUCAAGGAUAACUGUGCACAUGAGGACAGCAAUCUUCUACUAACACAGCCAGGGAAGACUCACAGGAGCAAAUGGAAACCCGUCUCUCAGCUAGUAAUCCUAGCCCUCGUCUACAUGAUCGGGUACUCGCCAUUCAACACAAUGUGGAACCUCGAAGGAAUUCUGUUUCCAGAGUACGGCUACUACGCUUUGAUGUGCACGUACCUUGGCUCUUUCCUCGUCUUCUUAAUUGGACCAUUCCUCACUCGGAAACUUGGAUCGAAGGGGUCUAUUAUGUUAGGUUGGGUCGCUCAGGCGGUGUACAUUGCAGCUCAUUUCUAUGUUCAGCAGUAUGUCCUGUACGCCGUAUGCUUCCUCUUCGGCACCGCCCAUGUCCAAACAAUGGUCUCAACUGGCGUGUAUGUGACACACCUGGCCAUGGACUAUGCCGAUAUAACCCACGACACACCCCAUCACGCCUUGGGUCUUUUUCAGGGCGUUUUCUUUACCGUAUACCUCCUCAGCGGCGUCUCGGGAAACCUGGUUUCUUCUCUAGUUUUGGUCAAACCGAUCGAGUUCGAUGGCAAUACCACCACUCCAAACUCUAAAAAUCUGUCCAGUUUGUGUGGACCUAAUUUCUGCCAUUUUGAAGACACCAGCGGGACCUACAUACGGCAACCAGACCAGAUCACAGUGUAUAUAAUAUUGGGUUCCUUCAUCGGGAUGUCGGCGUUCGCGUUUAUUGCAACAUGGGCCUUCUUAGAGAAUGCUGCGGCUAAGAGUGGAGACGCUGUCCAAAGCGUUAAGGAGUUUGGUGCCAAGAUUAUUGGUCUGCUGUGGUACAAGAAGAUGCUCCUUCUUCUGCCUGCUAUCUUCUUAUACUGCAUCAGCCAGUAUUUCAUCAACACAGAGUUCACUAAGGCUUUUGUCAGCUGUGAACUGGGCAUAGAAUACAAUGGUUGGUCCAUCAUCUGUUUUGCUGCAGGAGACGUUCUUGGUUCUAUGGUCAAUGGCCGACUGGUGAAAUACGUAGGCAUGGGGUUCCUUUUCCUUGUAGCUGCAUCUACAGACUUUGCCUGCCUUUUCAGUAUGCUGUUUUUUCACUUUUCGAGGGAAACGGUGGAGUUUUUCUUUCUGGUGCCAUUUUUCUGGGGUCUUGCAGAUUCUGUAUGGGCCGUGCAGACGACAGCUUACAUUGGAAAGUUAUUCCCGGAUGAGAAGUGGCCGGCGUUCUUAAUUCAGCGCAGCUCCAUGUAUGCUCUUAACGUGGUUCUUCUCGCCAUUACCAACUUCAUAUGUCUGAACGCCAUGAUCUACACCGUUAUGGGAAUAAUAACCUGUGGACUGGUCUGCUUGACGGCCUUCGAGCUCCUGCAUCGGCACGGAAAGAAACACUAUACAGCUAUAUAG